AUGAUGCACUUCUUUGCCUUCAGGAACUUCCACGGGCACAACGAGGGUGGCAACGGCAGAAUCAGGGGUCGUGGCUGCUGGUGUCCCACCGUCAUGACGAAGCGUGGCGUGGGUCUGGUGUUGCCUUCCGCUCGGCACAAUGGAAAGUCAUGCGCCGAAAAGCCUCGGAGCGCGGAGUGUGGCUUAGACUUAGGUUGCACUCAGACCCAGCAUGCCGCGCAAGUCUCGGGACACCUACAGGAGCUACCGCCGACGCAACUAGGGACCAUCUUGGGGUGUGAUGUAAAUGCUGAAGUCAGUUGGGGUCAAGAUGAAGAGGGAGUGCGAAGGGCAAUUGGCAGGAAUGGCAAGACGACCGAGUUCCUGCAGCAGUGCCGGGGUCGAGGGCUGGUUGCUGUAGCUCCGCCUGAGGACGCAUGGGAGACGCCAACUACGAGGCCCAGACAGCAGGACAAGGCAGGGAAACAGAUUGACGCGCUUCUGUGCUCCAGGGUGCAACAUAGCAGCUUACACAUCCAUGUGGGGUCUUUCUGCAGCUUGAACACUGAUCAUGAGAUCCUGUCGACUGAUGUGGCGCUGAGGGUUGGGAAGACGGGGACCAAGCACACAACAAGACCCAGAACCCUGGUGACACCAAUCACAACCGUUGGGGAGCUUGAUCAGGCAGAGCUGCGACGGCUUGCGGAGCAGCACACCCAACCGCAGCGGGGCCAUGCGUACAGGGACCCGGUGAGUGUGAGACGUGCUUUUCGAGCAGCCAGGGAUGCGGGCGAGCAGGGGCAGUGGACACAGGCUAGGAGGAUGCGGAAGGAAGCCCGGCAACGAUGGGAACGUGACCGCCUGGAAAGGGCCACGAAUGGGGACUGGGGAGCGGUGAA